CCGCUUUGAAUUAGGUCUCUUGUUGAUUCACACACUCAUUCCCCAUCCUCGCUACUUUCGACAUCAUCCCAUCCCUCAUUCGUUCCGCUUUCUCAGCUCAGCUCCUCAGCUCUCUUGCUUCUUGUUGCUUCCACGAACCUCUUUAUUCCCACGCUCUACAACCCAAAUCCCUUUCUUCUCACACUCAGGCGCUACCUCAGAGGUUAGGCUAGCAUCGUCAACAUGGUCAUUUUCAACAAAGCGAGUCUUGACAAGCAGAGCGUAGAGCUGCAUGGCACCCGCACACCUGGCGCAACAGGUCAUUAUCGCCACCCUGAUUUUGUCAAUGGGUUGGUGGACCACUUUCGAGCAGCACCUCAUGUCAAGACCCUCUACGACCUCUUCCAGAACUCUGUAUCCCUCUACGCUGAGCACGACUUUCUGGGCCAUCGCCCUUACAACACUGUCACUCAGGCGUAUGAUGGAUAUUCCUGGCAGACUUUCAACCAAAUCAACAAGCGCGUCAAUGCCUUUGGCAGUGGAAUCAUGCACCUGAACAGCGCCAUCCUAGGCAAUCCACAGCUUAACCGUUGGUCGCUCGGUAUCUGGUCGCUGAAUAGACCAGAGUGGUUCAUUUCGGAGAUGAGCUGUAACUACUUCAACUUGGUCUCUGUUGCACUCUACGAAACAUUGGGGCCCGAUGCGGUCGAAUACGUUAUCAAUCAUGCAGAGAUCCCGAUUGUUGUUACUGCCGGGAAUCAUGUCGCUUCGUUGCUGGAGAAUGCGCACAAGCUGCCGGGGUUGAAGGUCAUCAUCAGCAUGGAUCCUCUUCUUGACCCUGUGCCUGUGCCUGGAGCUACUAGCGCUGCUAAAAUUCUUAAAGCAUGGGCCGCAGAGAAAGGCAUUCAGAUCUUCGAUUUUGAGCAGAUUGAGGAACUCGGAGAAGAGUAUCCGCAUAAGCAUUUGCCGCCAAGGGAAGAUGAAGUUGCAUCGUUUUGCUACACGAGUGGUACUACAGGACUGCCGAAAGGAGCCAUGUUGACACAUAGAAAUUUUAUUGCGGCUGUUGCUACCAAUACAGAAGGCAUGGUCCUGACCCCUGAAGAUACUAUAAUCAGUUUCUUGCCGCUUGCACAUAUCAUGGGCCGAUACAUCGAUACGAUCGCCACGUAUUCCGGGGCAAGAAUCGGAUAUUUCCACGGAGACAUCCUUACUCUCCUGGACGACAUCGUGGAGCUCAAGCCGACUUUCUUCCCUGCCGUGCCUCGUCUUCUCAAUCGCAUUUACGCCAAGUUGAUUGCUGCCACGAUUGAGGCCUCAGGACUUGUCGGUGCUUUGGCUCGUCGAGGCGUCGCCGCCAAGCUCGCGAAUCUGGAAGCAGGAAAGGGAGUGCAUCAUCCACUCUGGGACCGCCUAUUGUUCAAUAAAGUGAAGAUGGCGCUCGGUGGAAGGGUGCAGUGUAUCGUGACAGGAUCUGCUCCGAUCGCCAAGGAGGUCCUGAACUUUUUGCGGAUUGCCUUUGGAUGCGUUGUCAUCGAGGGAUAUGGCUCGACGGAGAGCAUGGGAACCGCUUUGAUCACUCGAGCAGAUGAGCAUAUCCCAGGCCAUGUUGGUGGCGUUCGGGCGGGUUGCGAUGCGAAGCUGGUGGAUGUUCCAGAGAUGAACUAUUUGUCCACGGACAAACCAUAUCCUCGCGGCGAGAUCUGCCUUCGUGGAGCGCAUAUCAUCAAAGGGUACUACAAGGACGAGAAGAGCUCGAGAGAAGCCAUUGAUUCUGAGAACUGGCUCCAUACAGGCGACAUUGGAUAUGUGGACGAACGUGGGUGCUUUACGAUUAUCGACCGCAAGAAGAACAUCUUCAAGCUUGCGCAAGGGGAGUAUGUAGCACCAGAGAAGAUUGAAAACAUCUUAAUGGCGCGCUGCAACUUGAUCAUGCAAAUCUUUGUCCACGGCAACUCGCUGGAGAGCACACUGGUGGCGGUCUCUGUACCCGAGCCAGAGACAUUCCUCCAGUUCGCUCACAGUGUCACAGGCAUAAAGGUCGCGUUGGGCGAUCAGGAGGGCCUUGCCAAGCUGUGCCAAGAUCCCCAGGUCAACGAGGCCUAUCUGAAAGAGCUCGGGAAGGCUGGCAAGGCUGGUGGACUGCGUGGGUUCGAGUUUGUGAAGAAGGUCUAUUUAACGACGGAUGCGUUCUCGGUCGAAAACGACCUGCUGACGCCAACGUUGAAGGUGCGUCGCCCACAGGUCCAGGCACACUUUAAGGAGCAGCUUCGUGCGAUGUAUGGGGAUAUGAAGGCUUCGGCGGUAUCUGCCAAGCUUUAAGGCAAAAUAAAAAUUUGUCGAUAUUUAAGUG